CUCUCUCUCUCUCUCUCUCGCUCUGCGCAUUGCCAUCGCCAUUUCCAUUUGCUUCGGCAGAGCAGAACUUCCCUUCGUCGCCCCGACCCAUCAAUGGCGAACCCCAUAGUUCAAGAGAUCGUCGAGAAGCAAGUCCUGACCGUGGCCAAGGCCGUGGAGGACAAGAUCGACGAGGAGAUCGCCGCCCUCGACCGCCUCGACGACGACGACCUGGAGGCGCUCCGGGAGCGGAGGCUGGCCCAGAUGAAGCGGAUGGCGGAGAAGCGGGGCCGCUGGAUCUCCCUCGGCCACGGCGACUACUCCGAGAUCCCCGCCGAGAAGGAGUUCUUCUCCGUCGUCAAGGCCAGCGACCGCGUCGUCUGCCACUUCUACCGCGAGAACUGGCCCUGCAAGGUGAUGGACAAACACAUGAGUAUAUUGGCAAAGCAACACAUAGAGACCCGCUUUGUGAAAAUCCAUGCAGAGAAAAGCCCUUUUCUCACUGAAAAGCUUAAGAUUGUUGUUCUCCCUACUCUUGCUCUCGUAAAGAAUGCAAAAGUGGAGGAUUAUGUGGUGGGAUUUGAUGAGCUUGGUGGGACUGAUGAAUUUAGCACAGAGGAUUUGGAAGAAAGAUUGGCCAAAGCUCAAGUUAUCUUUUUUGAGGGUGAAUCCUCAUUAAAUUCAAGGUCUGGUGCGCAAACUAGGAGGAGUGUCCGGCAAAGCUCAAAUGCUGAUUCUUCUGAUUCAGAGUGAAUAUACUUAAUUGAUUACUAAAAUGUGAUGUUAUCCUUCCAAGUUAUCCAUCAAGUGUUGUGCCUGAGUUAAAUUAGUUAUAUCUCUGCAUAUUGUUCUAUUUGCUAGUGAAUCUUUGAUGCUCCUCAUCUUGGAGUAAGAUCAUUAGUUCUAUGAAAGCUGUUUUGUCCUUUCAUAUUUUAAUUUUGUUAAGUAUACCGAAAAACAGAGUUUAGGUCUUCUUCGAUCUACAAGGGAUGAAUCUGGAAAUGGAAUACCAUGCCUCAGGUUCAUAGUUUUCA